GGAGAGAUAACCCAGCUUCUCGCGUCUAUCAUGGUUGGUCAGAUUACUCUUUAUACUGCGAAGGUCUGCCCUUACGCGCAUCGCGCUGAGAUCGCGCUUGCGGAGACAGGUCUUCCCUUCAGGAGAGUAGAGAUCGAUUUGAGGAACAAGCCCCAGUGGUAUCCCAACGUCAAUCCCAGAGGCCAGGUUCCUGCCAUCACCUACGGCGGUACUGAGCACCCUCCCGAAGCACCUUCUCCAGACGCAGUCAAGCUCGCUGAAUCCCUCGUCCUCGUCGACUUCUUCAAUGACCUCCAUCCCGACCACCCCCUCCUCCCCACAGACCCCGUCCUGCGCGCCCGCGCCCGCUUCUUCGUCGAAGCCGUCAGCAGCCGGCUCGUCCCCGGCUGGGUUGCCUCUUACAGGCAAGGCGAGGGCUUCGAGAAGCUCUAUGCCGGCCUCGAGUUCCUGCAGACGCUUCUGCCGGCGGGAAACAAGUACGUCGUCGGGGACCAGUUCACGAUCGCAGAUAUUGCGAUCGCGCCGUUCUUCGCGAGGUUGGAGGUAGCGCUGAGGGACGAUGUGGGCUCGUUCGCAGAGGGAGAGGGCCCGAAGGCGUGGAAUAUCCUGCAGACGGAGCCACGGUUUGCGCGCUACCGUGAGUACUGGGCGAAUCUGAAGGCGCGUGACAGCGUGAAGAAGACCUUCGACGAGGAGAAUCUGAGGAAGGACUAUAUUUCCCGCUUCGGAGACCAACGCAGGAAGGCGUAGCGAAGCGCUCGUGCCUAUCUAUGAUCAGCCCUAAUUUCAAUGUAACGAGAAUUGAAGUGUAAUCAAGCACGCCAAUCCUAGUCUGAGUUCACCGUG